AUGUUGUCUGCCGCGAAGGUGCGCAUUCAUGGGAUGCAGGAUGAUAAUUGGGUUAUCAAGGACAAAAUCAAUCAGUACAGGGGUCUUAUAAAAUUGUAUGAACGAGAUCGCAAGAUUCAUGAAGGCGACCUGGCGAAACAAAAGAAGCGCUACUCGCGCGACAUUCGUCAACUUCGUAAGGAAAUCACUGCGAAGCGGGAAGAGCUGGGGGUCGCAGUAUAUGGUGAUCGGCAAUUCCUUCGUAAUGCCUUCCAAGACCAUAGGAGACUUCAGCUUACCUACAUGAACAGCAAAGCUGACAAAGUACUGGAGAGUAUUCAUCAGGAAAAUUUUAAUAAAAGAAAACAACUAGACAGAAUCAGGUACACAAAGAAAAAGAAGAUGGAGAAGUUUCGUCUGGCACAGUUGGAGGCGGCUGAGAUGAGAGACCGAGUCUUAUAUGAAGUGGGCGGAAAGUUACCCCCGGAGAAGAAGGAGCAAGCGGUGGCUAAUUACGUGCAGCGUGCCAACAUUAAGAAAAAUGCUGCCCUUGCCAUCAAAGUCAUGUAUAAGAAAAUUCUCGACAUAUUAAAGAAGGAUUCAUCAUACUUUACCGUUGUGUUAGAAGCGCUGAAACUUGAUUGCCGGGCACAAAGCAAGUGUCUCAUGGGUGCUACCGAAAUGGGUCAACUAGCCAUGGAAUAUCUUGACGAUAGAAAAUAUGAAUACAAUAAACUGGAACGCGAGAUCAAAGCCAACAUGAAGGAACGAGAAAGGACCCUGAAACUGGCUCGCCGAGAAGUCACGUACUUGACAGAUUCAUUUCCUAAUCUCAUAAGGAAGGAGGAAGCCACGAACCUCGACGACUUAUAUGAAGAUGAAGAUGUCAGCAGUUAUCAUUCAAUACAUUGGGAGCUCGACGAAGUUAUGCGGAUAUGCAAACGUUUACAAAAAGCUACUCUUGUUUCUUCAUUUGAUCAAAUACUCUUGAGGUUGAAAGAACAACGUUACCAGUCGGGCCGGCUGAUGAUGGCUUUAGCUCUGAACAGUGAGAAGCGCGACAUGCUGCUUGAGGACCGCAAACAUGCCAUUUUAAUGCUGGAUACGCUAAAGAACGUUGGACAAGAACGGACUGCUGCAUUUUUGACGGAAAAGAGACAACUUCGAUCCCAAAUUGAAGCUGAGAGUCGCGAAGAAGUGGAACUGACGAAGGCCCUUGAUAAUAAGGGUAGACUCAUAAUAGAAACGCGAACCUCUUUGCAACAAAUUAAUGAAUUACUGUCAUGCGUCGGAGCGGUGUCUGUGCCGAUGUCGUAUCCACAUGUUCCGGCGGCAGUCCAGUACGCGGUCGAAGAUAUGCUACAACCCGUACCAGAGCCUGAAUCAGACUUUGAUAAGAUGAUAGCAACCGCUAAACAGAAGCUGACCGUUCUCAUCCAGGCUGUGUCGAAGAUGGAUGUCACGCCAGAAAUGAAGGCUAAUGCGAGUCAAUUCUACCAUCAAAUACUGGCAAGAGCUAUGAGGGAAAGUUAUGAAGAAGACGUCGUUCUCGAAGGAGGUCUUAUCGAGUUCGAGAUGGAAGAUCCAAAUGUACCGAGCCGAGCCAUCAUCAAGCUGCGCAGCAAGCAACUCGUAGAUGCACAGGUCAGCGAAUUCGAUGUACCAGAUGCUGGAGCUAAGAAAUGA